AUGGCGGAUUCCGACGCAGGGAAGCCGCUGAGAAAAAUCUCAACCGCUUUCAAGGAACUUGCGGCCACCGUCAAUUCGCCGACUCCGGAAGUCCCACUCGCACAGUUCUCUCACGCUUGCUCUCUCGUUUCGCCUCUCUUUGGUUGCCUUGGAAUCGCCUUCAAGUUCGCCGAGAUGGAUUAUGUUGCCAAGGUUGAUGAUCUUGCGAGGGCUUCGAGUUCGAUAUCGACAUUACUGGUAAUGGUGGACAAAGAUAUCGAGGCAAACUGUGUAAGGAAAGCUGGUAGUCACACUAGAAACCUUUUGAGGGUUAAGCGUGGUCUUGACAUGGUUAAGGUUCUCUUUGAACAGAUAAUUGCUUCCGAAGGUAAUAACUCUUUAAAGGAUCCAGCAUCCAAGUCUUAUGCUCAAGUGUUUGCUCCACACCAUGGAUGGGCUAUACGGAAAGCUGUUUCCGUAGGGAUGUACGCUCUUCCCACAAGGGCUCACCUACUUAAGAUGCUCAAUGAGGAUGAGGCGGAGGCGAAGAUACAGAUGCAAAGCUAUGUAAAUGCAUCGGCACCAGUAAUUACGUAUCUUGAUAAUCUAUUCCACUCCAAGCAACUCGGUAUCGAUUGGUAA